AUGGAUUCACUGUCAUCCUACUACAGUGGACUGCCUCCAACUAUGCAUCGAGAUUUCUGCGAGACCUACAAAAAUCUUCCCACUGAUUUAGAUCACCAUUCACUGGUCUAUUUAUCCAUACAGUUUCACAAUGGGAUUCUUUGGGGAGACGUUAUCGCGGAAAUGAAUAAGAUUCGAGUUACCACUCAGAGUGAAUAUGAUUCUAUAUUUGAACGCUUUGUGGAUACACAACGGCUAGUUAACAGCUUGAACCACAGACUUUUGACAGAAUUCAAUCUUGAUCCAAUCUAUGCAAAAUGGCUAGUCACCGAGGGAAGACUUGGGAUCCGCAAAUCAGCUUUACUCAUAAAUAUAUUGAGGGAUUCCGUCAUGUCUUCAGAAGACUCUUUGGAUGAUCCUAGCUACAGUCUCCUUCUUCAGUCGUUGCUGCUGGUUAAUGAGUCUAUCAUGAAAAUUGAGUUGGGCCUUAGAUGUAAGCCUGCGUGCUUGUGGGUAAUCAGGAACUCAUACCCAUUCCAAGCCUUGACCAUAAUUCUGAAGCAUAUCCAGCAGCACCCUAAUCAAGGGGUUAAUUUUCGCAUGCUUCCUGUCGACGAAGAGUACACUGUAGAUGAGUUGUUUGAUUAUUUAAAUGGUGAUAUCAGGGCGCCACUAGUGAGGAAAUGCAUCCAGUCGCUAGAAAAGAUCAAGAUAUUGUGGCCGGCUGUUUUGCUCACAAGAUUUGACGGGGUGAUCAAGGUUAAAAAUGAGGUACUAUGA